AUGGGCAAGAAGGCCAGGGCGACGAGAGGUCCGCGCUGGCGCAUGCGCCCGGCGUACGCUGUCGCUAGUCUCGUGGUCAUGGCGCUUCUCGGUCUAUGGCAGGCGCAGGUCGAUCCUGCGACCCAUGGCUUCCGCGUUCCGUCCCCGCAGUUCCAGCUGCCGAGCGAUCCGCGCGUACACGUCCUCGGUUCGUACCCGCACGAUCCCAGCGCGUUUACGCAGGGCUUGCUCGUCGAAUCGCCCGGUAUUCUCAUCGAGUCGACGGGCCUCUACGACAAGUCGUCGGUGCGGCGCGUGAAUGCCACGUCAGGCGACGUGCUGUUGCACGCGUCGCCCUUCCCAGCGGAAGCCUUUGGCGAAGGCAUUGCGCUCAACAGCGCAAACGACACGUACAUUGCGCUCACGUGGCAGUCGCGCAUGCUGUACGUCCUCGACAAGACGGAUUUCCGCGUGCUCGCGGCCAAGCCAUUUGGCUCGACGCGCAACGAAGGCUGGGGCAUCACGACCAUGGAGAGCAGCACCCUCGUCGUCUCGGACGGCUCCCAUGUACUGCACUUCUGGGACGCCCAUACGCUUGCCGAGACGCGACAGGUUGUCGUACGCACUGCCAACGGCCAGCCGGUGCGCCAUUUGAACGAGCUCGAGUACGCCCGAGGCCACAUCUAUGCCAACGUCUGGUACUCGAAUGCGAUUCUCAAGAUCGAUCCGGCAACGGGCGCGGUCGUCGCCAGCUACGAUCUCUCGACGCUGUGCACCAACGCGCACCGUGACGCUGUCCUCAAUGGCAUUGCGUACGACGACGCGCACGACGUGUUCUUCAUCACGGGCAAGCUCUGGGACACCAUGUACCUCGUGCAGUUGGACGAGUAG